CGAUAACCAAAACGGUGUUUCUUUAAAGCGGCCAACAACAACGACGACAUGGUCCCUUUCUCGUCCACGUUUGGACCUCUGAUCGACCUAACCUCGACCGUCGUGUUCCCCGGCUCUCUGGCCGCCUCCUCUAUAUCCGGAGGCACGUCCAUCGUCUUGCUUGGUACCUGCGGCUCGGCGGACGAAGGGGAAGCUCGGUGGACCGUGGGGCUGUACGUGGACGCCGCGGGUGCGUCCUCCCACCUCGUGCGGUUCAAGGGGCUGUCGUUCGGCAGCCUCUCGACGGAUCCCGACUUUUCCAUGGCGUUUACCACCGGCGCGUUCGUCAAGGUCCUUCGCUUGGUCGUCAUGUCCACUUGUUCGUUGUCGGGGAUUGCUGCGUUGCUGGCGUCGUUGCUCCGAAAUGCGCAUUGCGACCACGAAGCCCAAGCCGUGACGGACGUGUGGGGUUCAAAUUCGAGCAUGUUGACGGUAGUACACCCAGACGAGGCGGUGCUGCUGGCCAUCCAUCCGGACGGCACCUGUCACAUGUUGUUCGAGUCGACAUCAUCGGGACAAACGACACUGUCGCCACCACAUCAACCGAGCCACGGCCAAGUGGGCUCGGCGAUUCAAAGCGUCUUCUAUGGCUACCACGCGGCGUCCGAUGCGCGCGCGCAGUUGAUGCAGCGGCUGCCGCUCCUGCUGGAUCUAGCACAAGUUCCCACGUACCACCCGCUGGCCACCGCCCCUACAAGUCGCACUUUCAAGGUUGGGUACUUGUGGCUCUACAACAAGCAGCGCCGAAAGGUCGUGCUGAAGAAGUGGUCGCGGCGGUGGUGUCGACUGGACGGGGUCGUGCUAAGCCUGUUUUCGCACAAGCACAGACCCACAACAGGACGGAGACCCAAGGAGGUGGUGAUGCUCCCCCGAUGCUGUCAUGUGCAGGACCUAUCUACUCACGAAGACAUGCUCGUGGAGCUGCGCAAACUACCGCACAUGGUGCUCGGGAUCACGCAAGUGUCGGGCGACGUGGUCGUGCUGAGAGCGGAAUCUGUGGCGGAAGGCACGGAAUGGUUGGACGCGUUGAGUGCCGCCAUCCAAUUGCCUCUCAAAGUAACACCAAUCGCAUCGACAACGACUGAUGCGAAUGCGCACACGAAACUCGAGCCUCUGACGGUGCCCGACGACGAAGAUGAAGAAGAAGAGGACGAAGAGGAUGAAGAGGACGGAGAGGAAGACAAGGGGACGACGACGCCGUGGCCGGAUGCCUCUAUUGUGACAACGACCGGGACGGAUGAACGAUGCGAAGUAGGGUCGCUCAUGCAGUGGUUGAAGGAAGACCCGCGGAACCAACUGCUUCUGUUUCUCCUGAGCCUGCUUGUGUGGUCGCUGUCCCCUGAUGGAAGUAGCACUCCCACCAACGACUUGGUGUAAACAACGUUAACACUUCGGCACGAAUCGACUAAUACAAGUCUACUUUGUACUAAAUAGUAUAUUCAUACCAUCUUAACUGCAC